GUGUGUGUGCGGCUGGAGGAGAGGGCAGUCACUGUGUGUGUGCGGCUGGAGGAGAGGGCAGUCACUGUGUGUGUGCGGCUGGAGGAGAGGGCAGUCACUGUGUGUGUGCGGCUGGAGGAGAGGGCAGUCACUGUGUGUGUGCGGCUGGAGGAGAGGCUGCAGCGCUCAUGAUCCUGCACAAGGGGACAGUGAGUGUCAGCUCUGAAGGCUCAACUGCAGCCAGGUCUAUGGAGAGCAGGACUCAGUGCUGAGUGGGCACCGGACCUGGACCCUGCAUGGAUGGGGCAGAGGAGGAAGUGACUGAGUGACCAUCACCCCCAUCAUCCUCCUCCUCAUCAUCUCUGUACACUGAGCACCGUAUCCCGGGGAUCUGGAUUACUGCGGCUCCGGGAGCAGAAGAUGCGGUUUCUAUGUCGGAGCUUCCUGUGGAUUGUGGCAGCUCUGCUCAUCUACCCGGCGCUAGGAUCCCGGCCUCGCCUGGAGGAUUUCCCCCCGAGGAUAGUGGAGCACCCAUCGGAUCACAUUGUAUCGAAAGGUGAACCUGCAACGCUGAACUGCAAGGCGGAGGGUCGCCCCACGCCCAUUAUCGAGUGGUACAAAGAUGGCGAGCGGGUGGAGACGGACAAGGAUGAUCCUCGCUCCCACCGCAUGCUGCUGCCCAGCGGGUCUCUCUUUUUCCUUCGCAUUGUACAUGGACGGCGGAGUAAACCCGAUGAAGGGAUUUAUAUCUGUGUGGCCCGGAACUACCUGGGGGAAUCGGUCAGCCGGAACGCGUCUCUGGAAGUGGCAAUUUUACGGGAUGACUUUCGCCAGGCUCCCAGUGAUGUGGUGGUGGCAGCAGGAGAACCAGCGGUUAUGGAGUGUAUCCCACCCAGAGGCCACCCCGAGCCCACUAUAUCCUGGAAGAAGGAGAAUACCCGCAUCAGUGACAAGGACGAGCGCAUCACGAUUCGGGGAGGAAAACUGAUGAUUUCCAAUACGAGGAAAACGGACGCGGGGAUGUACGUGUGCGUAGCGACCAACAUGGUGGGAGAACGAGACAGCGAGCCGGCGCAGCUGGUGGUCUUCGAGCGCCCCACGUUCGUGAGAAGACCCAUAAACCAGGUGGUCCUUGCGGAUGACGUCGUGGACUUUCAGUGUGAGGUUCAGGGAGACCCGAUGCCCACCGCUCGAUGGCGGAAAGAAGAAGGAGACUUACCCCGGGGGAGGUACGAGAUCCGCAGUGACAACACCCUGCGCAUCUCCCGGGUGACGGCAGAGGAUGAAGGGACGUACACCUGUAUUACGGAGAACAGCGUCGGCAAAUCCGAAGCCUCCGGCUCGCUCGGCGUCCACGUUCCUCCCCAGCUGGUGACCCGACCGCGAGAUCAGAUCGUAGUCCAGGGGCGCACGGUGACCUUUCAGUGCGAGACCAAAGGGAACCCCCCGCCCGCUGUGUUUUGGCAGAAAGAGGGCAGCCAGAUCCUGCUCUUCCCCAGUCAACCCCCCCAGACCGUCGGGCGCUUCUCUGUGUCUCCCAGCGGAGAACUGACCAUAAUCGACGUCCAGAUCGGAGACUCCGGGUACUACAUGUGUCAGGCCAUCAGCGUGGCUGGAAGCAUCUUGGCCAAGGCUCUCCUGGAAGUCGAAGACGCCACAUCAGAUCGGGUUCCCCCAAUAAUCCGACGAGGACCCUCCAACCAGACCCUAGCGGUGGACUCCAUUCUCCAGAUGCAGUGUCAUGUGACCGGGAACCCCUUGCCCAGCACCCACUGGCUGAAGGACGGACAGAGACUUGGGGGGAGUGACCCCCGCAUCAGCGUACUGGACAACGGGACGUUACAGAUCACCCACCUGCAGGUGACGGAUUCUGGUGCUUACGUCUGUGUCGCCACAAGUUCCACUGGAGAAACAACAUGGAGUGGAUACGUGGAGGUGCAAGAAAAAGGAUCCCUGGUACAUGUGCAGCUGGCAGAGCCGAGUCUGGUGCCAGGACCCCCCUCCAAACCUCUGGUCACCGACGUCACCAAAAAUAGUGUAACUCUAACGUGGCAGCCACAUCCCCAAUCUGGAAACACACAGGUGUCAUCCUACAUCAUUGAGGCCUUCAGCCAGUCGGCGGGCAGUACCUGGCAGACGGUCGCAGAUAACGUGAAGAUGGAGAAACACACAGUUAUUGGCCUGAACCCAAACACCAUUUAUCUCUUCAUCAUCCGCGCCAUGAACUCGUACGGCCUCAGCGAUCCCAGCCCAAUAUCGGAGCCUGUACGCACCCAAGAUGUGAGUCCCACGCGUCAAGGAGUCGACCAUCGUCAGGUACAACGUGAACUCGGGGAGGUUGUGGUUCAACUCCAGAAGCCAAUAAUUCUCACCUCCUCCACGGUUCAGGUCACAUGGACGGUCGACCGCCAAGCUCAGUUCAUCCAGGGCUACAGAGUCAUGUAUCGGCCCAAAUCCAGCAUCUGGGUGGUUCAAGACGUGAAGUCGCCGACGGAGCGCACCGCCAUCCUAGUGGACUUGAAGAGAGGAACAGAAUAUGAAAUUAAAAUCCGACCAUAUUUCGAUGAGUUCCAAGGCAUGGACAGCGACAUCUUGCUGGUGCGCACCCCUGAGGAAGUCCCCAGCGCACCACCGCAAUCUGUCGCCGUAGUGACGGUCGGAACCAGUAACAGCACGAAUAUCAGUAUUACAUGGGAACCUCCCCCUGUGGAGCACCAGCACGGCAUUAUCCAGGAUUACAGGAUCUGGUGUUUAGGAAAUGAGUCUCGCUACCAUAUCAACAAAACUGUGGACGGCACUCAGCACAGCACAGUCAUACGGGGCCUGGUACCUGGGAUUCUUUACCGCGUUGAAAUUGCCGCUGCCACCAGCGCUGGUUUUGGAGUUAAGAGCCAGCCAAUCACCAUCCAGAUCAAACCAUCUUCAGAUCACGUCUCUAUGAACAAUGGCGAUAGCGUCAGCCUGACAGAACAGAUCACAGACGUCGUGAAGCAGCCGGCGUUCAUCGCAGGCAUUGGUGGGGCAUGCUGGGUAAUCUUGAUGUGCUUCAGCGUCUGGAUAUACUGUCGCAGGAAGAAGAGGAAGGAGCUGAGUCAUUAUACGGCCUCCUUCGCCUACACCCCAGCAGUAUCUUUUCCUCACACUGAAGGCUCCAGUCAUAUAACAGCCAGGCCUGGAAUGUUGGCAACAAGUGCAUCCAACUACCCCUGGCUGGCAGAUUCCUGGCCUGCAACUAACCUCCUAAGAAAUGGGAAGCCUAAAGAAGCUGCGGUGAACUGCUGCCCUGGAAAUCACAACCCUGCAGAGAGAUACUACAAUGAUGCUGGGAUCUCUAAUUACAUUGCACAGACUGAGAAAUUUGGGACUGGUGUCUCGGAUGGACCGAUCUACAGCACCAUUGACCCCACUAGUGAGGAUAUGAGGACAUUUAAUGGAAUAUACUCUCAGCACACUACUCCAUAUGCCACCACACCUGUUGUGCCCUAUGGGGGUCAGAACCUUCACUCUCCUGAAUCAGAGGACAAUGCCUGGAACGUUCAAGCCGGGACGUCUGGGAUCUUGUAUGCACAGCCUGAUCGAAGCAAGUCAGAAAAUGGUACUUAUAUACAGAAUGACAUGUACAAAGGGGAUAGAAAAGAAAAUAACAGCUUCAAUAAAGCUGGUAAGCCGAAAUCAAUGGGGAAACCAGUGAAGACGCCGUCUCUGAAUUGGACAGAAGUGCUGCCGCCUCCACCGCCAGCCACCGAGCUGAACCACUUCCAGGAUGAAGACUCAGACGUGGAAAUGAAUUCGGAGACCGAAGAAUGGUGUCCACCGCUACCAGAAAGGACGUAUUUAAUGGAGAAUAUUCCAGAAGAUUGUCCUCCCCCGCCCCCUCGUGGAGAAGCGUCCUCUCCAGCACAGUCUUACGGUCAGCAGUCCACGGCUACUCUAACCCCAUCUCCCCGAGACGAGCUCCAUGAGGUGGAGGAGAUCCCAAGGCUACAACAGAUUGACAUCCCCCCCCAUCCCAGGCGGACGCCGGCUGGAUCUGUACCAAUGCAUAGAGCGCCCAGUCCUCCACUGACACAAUCUAACCCCAGCCUUUAUACAGAGGGUGGGGAGACGCCACGGCACGGGCACCGACGGAACCUCAGCCAGAACCCCACAGAGAAUUUCAACUACCCCAACGCAGGAAAAGCACAGCCCCUCUCAGGAGAUAUCAGUACGCCCCCUGGACAGAAAUCAAAAGGCAAAAAGAAAUCUAAGUCCGCUCACUAUCGUCGGGAGGCCAAGCAGGGGGAUCUCCCACCACCACCUGAGCCCCCUCCGGCUGAUGAAGAGCCGGGGUCCCCCCGCAUGGAGUACUGCGGCUCAUCACUGGAGAGAGAAGGCACCAACACCUCUUCUGUAGAGGGAAGAUCCGCGGCCGUACACCAGCGGGGGGGCACGACGCACCCUCUCCACCAGAGAGAAGAUGAAGAAAUCAUUCCAUACAGUAAACCCAACUUCCUGUCCAGGAGUCAGAUGUCCAGUAAUUGUUCCACAUCAGGAAGCAGCUCGUCCCGGGGGUCCGCAGGCUCCAGGAGUCAUCCAUCCGGAAGAGGCAAAACAGGGGACCGAAAAGAGGACAAGAGAUGAGAAGACCGCGGUCGCUGAACUUACUUUCCUGCCACGACGUUGUACACAGAGACCUUUCGUCAAAAGACACUUUAAAACUUUUCCAGUAUUUUCCAUUCAUGGCUUAUUUAUGACUUUUUUCAGACUUUUUUUUUUUUUUCGUAUUUUUCUUGUAAAUAAAUUGCGCCCAUUUUCCCGGGAAUCCUGAGCUUUUUCCGGAAUAUGGAAAAAUGACGUUACUAUAUUUAUAAAAGUUACAAAAAAGCAAGUUGUACAUAUAAAAACAAAAAAACAAAAAAAAAAAUGUUGCUGUUUUUGAAUGUGCCAAGUUUUUCUAGCCAGUACGAUGUUUGCACUCGCGUGUACAGAACGACAGGACUGACAAAAAAUGUACAAAAAAAAAAAAAGCACAAGGCUUGUUGCAUGCGGCCCCGGCGGAGAAGACUUGUGAGCUGGUGGAGACCGAGGAUUGUGGCGCCAGCCGGCAACGAAGGGGAUGGAGCCUGAGGAAUGGCGCCGCAGUGGCGCAAAUUUAACUGAGAACUUUAAAAAUGACCAAGGGGCCUCGAGCCUUAAAUACGUCCACGUUAUGAAAGCAGCUAAUGGCGAUCAGGCAGAACCUGCGGAGGUGGAACAGAAGCCGUCACUGUGACCGACAACUUCUUUGGUCUAUUACGAGCGGCGCUAUCCAGGCAGCGUCACGUGACUGCACUUGUAAUAGGCCCAAAAUUAAAUUUUGUAUGCUACAAAUAAAGAUUUUUGCUAAACA